ACAUAUACACACACAACAACAGACUCUCUCUGAAAAUACAUUCCUGAUUUCUCCGUUGUUUCAAAAUUCGAAUCAAAGAAAUUUUUCAAAAAAAAUCAUUUAAAAAAAGAAUUCAAAUUAAUGGAAGUGAGCAGCGUAGACGAGAGUACGACGAGUACAGGCUCGAUUUGUGAAACUCCGGCGAAGAAAUCGUCGGUAAAUUUGUACAGGAUGGGAAGCGGAUCUAGCGUGGUGCUAGAUUCAGAGAACGGCGUGGAGGCGGAAUCGAGGAAGUUACCGUCGUCAAAGUACAAAGGCGUCGUUCCUCAGCCGAACGGAAGGUGGGGAGCUCAGAUUUACGAGAAGCACCAGCGCGUGUGGCUCGGGACUUUCAACGAGGAAGACGAGGCGGCGCGUGCUUACGACGUGGCGGUUCAUCGAUUCCGCGGCCGAGACGCCGUAACGAACUUCAAAGACGCGAGGCUCGACGACGGAGAGAUCGAUUUUUUGAAUUCGCAUUCGAAAUCUGAGAUCGUCGAUAUGCUGAGGAAGCAUACGUAUAAGGAGGAGCUCGAGCAGAGUAAACGGCGUCGUAAUGGUAACGGAAACACGGUUAGGACGUCGAUGACGGCGGCGUUAGAUAACGAUGACGGCGUUUCGACGAUGGAGUUCAGAUCGGCGGAGCCUCUGUUCGAGAAAGCGGUUACGCCAAGCGACGUUGGGAAGCUAAACCGACUUGUGAUACCGAAACAUCACGCGGAGAAACAUUUUCCGUUGCCGUCAAGUAACGUCUCCGUUAAAGGAGUGCUGUUGAACUUCGAGGACGUGACGGGGAAAGUGUGGAGGUUCCGUUACUCGUAUUGGAACAGUAGUCAAAGCUAUGUGUUGACCAAAGGUUGGAGCCGGUUCGUUAAGGAGAAGAAUCUACGUGCUGGUGAUGUGGUUAGUUUCAGCAGAUCCGACGGUCAGGAUCAACAGCUAUACAUUGGGUGGAAAUCGAGAUCCGGAUCGGAUUCGGAAACGGGUCGGGUUUUGAGAUUGUUCGGAGUUAACAUUUCACCGGAGAGUUCGAGAAACGACGUCGUAGGGAGCAAGAGAGUGAACGAUACUGAGAUGUUAUCGUUGGUGUGUAGUAAGAAGCAACGCAUCUUUCACGCCUCGUAACAACUCUCCUUUUUUUGCUUCGAUAUAUAUAUAUUUAUAUUUUUUUUUUUAUUCCACUUUCGAUUUUCUUUUUCAGUUGUAUCAGUUUCUUCAUAUUACCAAAGGUUCAUGAGUUGUUUUUGUUGUAAUGAUGAACUGUAUAUUUUAUUUAUAGGAUAGAAAGGUUAUGUGGAUGCCUCCAGAGUUUUAAUA